CCAGGUGGCGAUAUACAUACUCACUGAUACAAUGACAGCGCUAACUUCUUCGACUUCGGGGUUGAAAAGUGUCGGCUAAAAACACAAGAUACAGGAACCUGUAAAUGCUGAAUAAUGUUCAACAGCAAUGGCCACUUACUCCACGCUGCAGGACAGAAUCAGAGUAGCCAAGGAGCUGCUUGAGCAAGUGGACAAGAUUUGUAGUCGGCAAGGCCGUGAGGUUGAGGGACGUGCUAAAUUGUGCAGUAAGCUCCGGGCUGAGCUCAAGUUCCUGCAAAAGGUGGAGGCUGGCAAGGUCGUGAUCAAGGAGUCUCACCUGCAAAGCACCAACCUUACUCACCUGAGGGCCAUCGUUGAAUCAGCUGAAAAUCUAGAGAAUGUGGUGAGUGUCCUGCAUGUGUUUGCUUAUGAAGGACCUGAUGGGCAGAAGCAGACAUUGGUGGUUGAUGUGGUGGCAAAUGGCGGACACACAUGGGUGAAGGCUAUUGGGCGCAAGGCUGAGGCGUUACACAAUAUCUGGCAAGGCCGUGGCCAGUAUGGGGAUAAAAGUGUGAUCCAGCAAGCAGAAGAUUUCCUUGAAGCCAGUCAGCAGCAGCCUGUGCAGUACAGCAAUCCUCAUAUUAUAUUUGCUUUCUACAAUGGUGUGUCCAGCCCUAUGGCUGACAAGCUUAAAGAAAUGGGUAUAUCUGUAAGAGGUGACAUAGUUGCUGUUAAUACAAUGAUUGAAGGUGGAGAGGAGGAAGAGGAGGAUGAAAGUGAAGACAAACAUGGUUUGGAGGAAGAAAAUCAUGAGCUAGAGAAUGAAGUUGUGGAGGUAGAAGAGGAGGAGGAUGAUGAUGACAACGAUAGUGAUGAGACAGACCUCAUGCACACUCGAGUUGAUAGGGACACCAUUGUGGCCAGCCUUGCCUUCCCCACUGAGGUGAAGGUAGAUGUUUGCAACAGAGUUAACCUUGACAUCACUACACUGAUCACUUAUGUGUCCUCCCUCAGCCAUGGAAACUGUCACUUCAAAUUUAAAGAGGUGGUGUUGACUGAGCAAGCUGCACAGGAACGGCAAGAGAAAGUCCUACCCAAGCUGGAGGAGUUCAUGAAGGGAAAAGAGCUGUUUGCUUGUCAUUCUGCCGUUGAGGACUUCCGCGUCAUCCUGGAUACUUUAGGUGGCCCAGGAGAAAAAGCCAGAGCUGAGGAACUGCUAGUCAGGAUUAAGGUGGUUCCAGACCAGCCCUCUGAGCGCACCAAACGCUUGGUUACUAGCUCAAAGGUGAACCGUAGAUCACUGAUGAUCUUUGGGACAGGAGACACAUUGCGGGCUGUCACUAUAACUGCAAAUAGCGGUUUUAUUCGUGCUGCUGCUAACCAGGGUGUGCGCUACAGUGUGUUCAUCCACCAACCCCGUGCACUCACCGAGGGAAAAGAGUGGAGAGCAACUCCGAUAUGAGAGAAAUAUGACUGAAGAGCUGUAAAAGUUAUAAAGAGCCAUUAAGGGAGGGAACUGUAUAAGAAAUGGACAGGGUUGUUAAUUUCAUGCUUAAAGCCAGACACUUAUGAGAGGCAGUACUGUAUAGUUGCAAAUAAAUUGCACAGCUGGUCGCAGAGUCAAACACAGCAAUGUUUUUGUGACUCUUUACAUAAACACCGUAAGCUCAGUGCCUCGAUUGCUGAACUUCAAUGCAAAGCCAGCACAGAUGUCAAAUUAAAGAAAUGUAUCACCAUAUAAAAAAUAUAGUGUCAAAAACAGCGUUUAAACAAGCAAAUAGCCUAUUUUCUUUUCAAAGCCUUCGGCUACCUGCUUCAGUUUUGUUUUUUUAAGUUUCUUUUCCAAAACCAUCAGUUUAGCUGAUUGAUGUUUUCAGUUAAUCUUGAUUCUCACAUCCAUUUUUGUUAAAGAGUACAAAAUAAAUGAAUAUAAGCAAAAAUAAAAAUCCUUCAAAUGUUA